CAGAGAUCCCGCUGCCUCCGCUCUCACGAUUAAUCGUGAGGCUGGUGUUGACAGCGAGAGGCGACGGGGCGGCCGGUUGAACCGUGGAGAUACAUGACGGGACCGGGAGAAACUGCAUGUGCACGGGCCGCGCGCUGACACGCCGCCGGCCGAGGACGACGUGCGCGUUGACUGGUGGGAUUACCAGCCGCUGCUAGAUGGAGAAACCGAAAGGGUGGACUUAUUAAAUAAUAAUAAAAAUAGAUAAAUAAAUAAAACACCCCAUCUGCUGCUAAAAUAUAUAUUUAUUUAAAAAGAAGAAAAAGAAAGAGAAGAGGAAAAUGCAUCUGCAUCAGGUGCUGACGGGAGCUGUGAACCCGGGAGACUGCUGCUUCUCGGUGGGGAGCGUGAACGACGUCCCCUUCACGGCCUACGGCUCCGGCUGCGACGUCGUGAUCUUGGCCGGCGACUUCGACUGCGUUCAGAUCAUCCCGGGAGCCCAGAACGGGAACGUCCAGGUGGGCUGUGUGGAGUGCUCCCACCUGCUGGGCCGGAUCGCUGCGUCCUACGGGAACACGGUCUGCGUCUUCGAGCCUCUCUCCACCAACCCCAACAAGCGGCACAAGCAGCUUAACUAUCAGUGGCAAAAGACGGGGCAGUUCUUCCUCCACGCCAUCGCCUACAACCUGGUGUGGGACCCCCAAGGGAACCGGAUCCUCGCCGCCACCGAGCGGCUGCAGCUGUGGGCGCCGCCAGCGGCGGACGCCCUGAUCGAGGAGGACGACGGGCAGCUGAGCGAGGACAAGCCCCUCCCCCUCCUCAACGACUGGAGCUGCGUCUGGCAGUGCAGGACUGCAGCGUCAGUCCACAUCGCCAAGUGGUCUCCAGACGGGGAGUACAUUGCCACCGUGGGGAAGGAUGACUGUCUGCUCAAGGUGUGGUACCCCACCACCGGGUGGCGCUCUGCGGUGGCGGUCCACGACCCCUCGGAGGAGAGGUCUCCCCCCGUUAACUUCUCCUUCGUUUACCUGGCCCACCCCCGCUCCGUCAGCGGCAUGUCCUGGAGGAAGACCAGCAAGUACAUGCCCAAGGGCUCCGUGUGCAACGUGCUGCUGACGUCCUGUGAGGACGGCGUGUGCCGCCUGUGGUCGGAGACGCUGCUGCCGGAGGACAGCCUGCUGGGGGGGCCGAUCUCCGGGGACACGCACUCCUCCAGCUCCAGCCUGCCGGGCCUGGCGGGCAACAAGGACAAGAUCCAGCACGCUCUGGAGUCGAUCCACCACCUGAAGCACUUGCGCCGCGGCCGGCGGCGCUCCUCUGCGCUGGCGGCUCACAGCGAGCUGCUGCCCUCUCAGCUCGGCACGCAGGACACCCACACGCACCGGCACAUCGCCCACCACGCCAACGCCCUGUGCCACUUCCACAUCUCCGCCAGCAUCAACCCCAACACAGACAUCCCGUUGGCGCUGGCCGACUCUGCCCUGCUGGCCCCUGAUGUCUUUGUGGUCCACUGGCUGAACAACAAGGACCUGAGCUUCUCGUCCUGCAUGGAGCUGUUCAUGCUGCAGCUGCGCCGGCUGUCGGAGCAGCAGCUGGACCCGAGCGCCGAGGACCCCCUGGACCCCGACGGCUCCCCCAUGAAGUUUGACUUUGACCUGGACGAGAUGUCCGACAAGGCGUCCUCGGAGCAGGGCGAGGAGGCGGAGCCGGGCGAGCGGAGCAGCACCAAGGCCUCGUCCCCGGGGUCCGGCUCCAGCCUGCCGCUGCCCUCCAUGCUGCUGGAGAGGAAGAUGGAGACUCUGAUCACGGAGUGGAACCGGAGCCCCGACAUGCUGUUCACCAUCCACCCCACGGACGGCUCCUUCCUGGUCUGGCACGUCAAGUACCUGGACGAGUUCAACCAGGGCAUCUUCAGGCAGGUUCAGGUGUCCUUCUCCUCCCGCAUCCCAGUGGCGUUCCCUACAGGCGACGCCAACUCCCUGAGCAAGAACAUCCUGAUGUACGCCUGCACCCUGAGCGAGGGGGAGAGCGCCAGAGCCGGCGAGCAAGGCAGGGCGCUCCGACGCGUCUCCCCGUCGCUGGCCGCCUCCCUGAACCCUCGGCCGGGCGUCGGCCCCGCGGUGAUGAUGGUCUCCAAGCACGUGGACGGGUCCCUGAACCAGUGGGCGGUGACCUUCGCCGAGUGCUCCGCCUUCUCUGACGUGAUGACCGUGACCCACGAGUGCCGCUACUGCGGCCACCGCUUCCACCUGAACGAGCAGGCGUGCCACACGGUGCUGCCGCUGCUGCUGACCUCCUCGCACCACAACGCGCUGCUGACCCCGCCCCCGCCUCCCGCCUUCCCUCCCCCAAAGGGACCCCCCAGCGGCAGGAAGCGGCUCCGUAACGCGGCCACCGGGACCUUCCACGACCCCAACGCCAUCUACAGCGAGCUGAUCCUGUGGCGGGUGGACCACAUCGGACCCCUGUCCUGCACCGGGGGCGUCUCCGAGCUGGCCCGGAUCAACUCGCUGCACACCUCGGCCUUCAGCAACAUGGCCUGGCUGCCCACGCUCGUGCCCAGCUCCGUGCUCGGAUCGUACUGUAACAGCGCCAGCGCCUGCUUCGUGGCGUCGGACGGGAAGAACCUGCGUCUGUAUCAGGCCGUGGUGGACGCCAGGAAGCUGCUGGACGAGCUGUCGGACCCCGACACCUCGAAGCUGGUGGGUGAAGUGUUCAACAUCGUGAGCCAGCAGUCCACGGCCCGGCCGGGCUGCAUCAUCGAGCUGGACGCCAUCACCAACCAGUGUGGCGCCACCACCCAGCUGCUGCACGUCUUCCAGGAGGACUUCAUCCUGGGCUACAAGCCUCGGCCGGAGCCGGACGCCUUCACGCCGGCCUUCCCGUGUGGAGAAGAUUACCAGCCGGCGCCGUUCUCUGAGAAGUUCUUCCUGGUGGUGAUUGAAAAGGAUCUCAACGGGAACUCCGUGCUGCAGAUGUGGCACCUGCACCUGCAGUCGGUGCAGGCGUGUGUCGACGAGAAGAGCCCCGACUUCAGCUUCCAGAGCCGGCUGCCGGUUCCCGACCGCGCCGGGAACGCCGACUCGUCCCCGGAGACCUCUCCCGUCGGGGCGCUGCCUCGCUCGGCCUCCACGGCCAACCUGCAGUCGGCCAGCAAGCUGAUCCUCGGCUCCCGGCUGGUGUGCAGCGAGCGGCUGGACCUGCCCCCCGGCGUGGAGGUCACCCGGGCCACGCCCUCUGCAGGUCACCUGAGCUCCUCCUCCAUCUACCCCGUGUGCCUGGCGCCGUACCUGAUCGUCACCACCUGCUCGGACUCCCGCGUGCGGUUCUGGCGCUGCGCGGUGGAGGGCGGCGCCGCCGGAGACGAGCGCUCGUACCGCUGGGAGCCGUGGGCGCUGAUGAACGAGGAGAAGGACGACGACAGCGCCGUGUGCGUGUCCGGACGGCCCGUCGCCGUGUCCUGCUCCUACAUCGGCAGGCUGGCCAUCGCCUUCAAGAAGCCCCGGGGGGGACAGCUGCCGGGCCCCGGGGACGACUUCUCCAUGCACGUGUCCAUCUACGAGUGCGAGUCCACCGGAGGCUCCGAGUGGGUUCUGGAGCAGACGCUGCACCUGGACGACUUCACCAGAGCCUCGGCCACCCUGGACCCCCGGGUCAGCGUGGACUCCAACCUCUUUGUGUACAGCAGGUCUGACCUGUACAUGAGCAGAGACCACAGCUCCCCCAACAUCAAGCACUACGUCCACCUGGACUGGCUCUCCAAGGAGGACGGCUCUCACAUCCUCACGGUGGGCGUCGGCUCCAGCAUCCUGAUGUACGGACGCAUCUCCGGCGUGGUCAACGAGCCGACCAGCGGCGAGGACGGGGUGGCCGUCAUCACGCUGCCCCUAGGGGGCAGCAUCAAGCAGGGCAUCCGCUCGCGCUGGAUCCUGCUGCGCUCCGUGGACAUCCUGUCCUCCGUGGACGGCACGCCGUGCCUGCCGGUCUCGCUGUCCUGGGUGCGGGACGGCAUCCUGGUGGUGGGCAUGGACUGCGAGAUGCACGUGUACGCCCAGUGGCACCAGGACAAGAAGCCCGGGGAGGAGGGGGAGGGGCGCGAGCUCUCCUCCGCCGACAUCGCCGGAGGCUCCUGCUCGGAGGGCAGAGGUCGCUCUAAGAGCGUGUUUGAAGGGAGCGCGGCGGUGGACGAGGCCCUCAGGGCCCCGGCCGGCCUCCAGGAGGGGGGGCUGUUCGAAGCGGCCCACUCUCUGUCUCCCACGCUGCCCCAGUACCACCCCACCCAGCUGCUGGAGCUCAUGGACCUGGGCAAGGUGCGCCGGGCCAAGGCCAUCCUCGCUCACCUGGUGAAGUGCAUCGCCGGGGAGGUCGCCGUGGUGAGGGACGUGGAGGCCGGAGAGGGCGGAGCCAGGAGACACCUGUCCCGCACCAUCAGCGUGACGGGCAGCACGGCCAAAGACACCAUCGUGGCCGGGCGCGACGGAGGCCGCGACUACACGGAGAUCAACUCCAUCCCCCCGCUGCCGCUCUACUCCCUCAUGCUGGCCGACCUGGACACGUCCUACAAGGGGGCGGAGGAGGCCGGCAAGGGGCCCGACGGGGGCGGCUCCCAGAAGGCCGGAGAGGACCAGUACUCCGACCUCUUCCAGGUCCAAGCCGUCACCACAGACGACUGCAUGACCUUUGCCGUGGACAAACCAGAGAAGAAGUCUCGCGUCAUCAACCUCUCUCAGUACGGACCCACCUACUUCGGCCCGGAGCACGCUCAGGUGUUGUCCAGCCACCUGAUGCACUCCAGCCUCCCAGGACUCACCAGACUGGAGCAGAUGUUCCUGGUGGCUUUGGCCGACACCGUGGCCACCACCAGCGCCGAGGUCUCCAGCUCCACCGACCAGAAGUGCACAGGUGGAGAGGCCCUUGAUGAGUGUGGCCUGAGGUACCUGCUGGCCAUGCGUCUGCACACCUGUCUGCUCACCUCUCUGCCGCCGCUGUACCGCAUGCAGCUGCUGCACCAGGGCCUCUCCACGUGCCACUUCGCCUGGGCCUUCCACUCGGAGGCCGAGGAGGAGCUGCUGAACAUGGUCCCGGCCAUGCAGCGCGGCGACCCCCAGUGGGCGGAGCUCCGGGCCCUGGGGGUCGGCUGGUGGGUCCGCAACAUCAACACGCUGAGGAAGAUCAUGGAGAAGAUCGGUAAGGCUGCGUUCCAGAGGAACAACGACCCUCUGGACGCCGCUCUGUUCUACUUGGCCAUGAAGAAGAAAGCCGUCCUGUGGGGGCUGUUCAGGUCCCAGCACGAUGAGAAGAUGACUCAGUUCUUCAGGAACAACUUCUCUGAGGACCGCUGGAGGAAAGCCGCUCUGAAGAACGCCUUCUCUCUGCUGGGGAAGCAGCGCUUCGAGCAGUCGGCCGCCUUCUUCCUAUUGGCCGGCUCCCUCAAAGACGCCAUCGAGGUGCUGCUGGAGAAGAUGGAUGACCUCCAGCUGGCCAUGAUCGUGGCGCGGCUGUACGAGGCCGACUCUGAGAGCUCCUCCACCUGCCGGGCGCUGCUCCACCAGAAGGUUCUGGGCUGCCGGCCGGACGGCACCGGGUACCACUGCUCCCGGCUGCACGCCGACCCGUUCCUCCGCAGCAUCGCCUACUGGAUCACCAAGGACUACACGCGGGCGCUGGACACGCUGCUGGAGCGGCGCCCCAAGGAGGAGCACGAGAACCCGGACGUGGCCGUGAAGGCGUGUAACCCGGUGGUGUUCAGCUUCUACAACUACCUGAGGACACGCCCCCUGAUCAUCCGCCGCCACUUCCACGCCGACCCGGACGGCGAGAGGAGCGGCGCCGACGAGAUCAACCUCAUCGAGAGGAAGCUGUUCUUCACCACGGCCAACGCCCACUUCAAGGUGGGCUGCCCGGUUCUGGCUCUGGAGGUUCUCUCCAAGAUCCCCAAAGUGACGAAGAAGAAGAAGAAGAAGAAGAAGAAGAAGAGUCGCUCGUCCUCCACCCUGAGCUCCGCCCAGACGCUGGAGAACGGAGGCGUGGAAUGGGGCGGCGGCGCCGGUGGAGGGGGCGGCGCCGGUGGAGGGGGCGGGCUGGACUGGAGCCAGCCGCUGGUCCAGCUGGAGGACGAGGAGCUGAAGCUGGACUGGGAACAGGACAAGGAGGAGGAGGAGGAGGAAGAUGGCCUGACCAUGAAGAAACCAGACACCAGAGCAGACGGAGGCCCCGAGGGGGGGGGGGACCCCGACCUGCAGAGAGACGACUCGCAGGGUGAGUCUGAGGUGGACGUGAUCGCGGAGCAGCUGAAGUUCCGGGCGUGUCUGAAGAUCCUGAUGACGGAGCUGCGGACGCUGGCCACGGGCUUCGAGGUGGACGGGGGGGAGCUCCGCUUCCAGCUGUACAGCUGGCUGGAGCGGGAGAUCGCCGCCAUGCACACCAUCUGCAACCGCAAGGUGGAGGGCGAGGAGGACGAGUCCGAGGUGGAGCGCUGGCGGCGGCGAGCGGCGGCGGCGGACGACGACGCCCCGGAGCGCUCGGAGGCCGGCGCCUACGAGCGCCACCAGCUGGAGCGGCGCCGGCUGCAGGCCAAGCAGCAGCACGCCGAGAGGCGCAAGGCGUGGCUGAGGGAGAACCAGGCGCUGCUGCGCGUGUUCCUGUCCUACUGCAGCCUGCACGGCGCCAAGGGGGGCGGAGUCACCUCCGUGCGCAUGGAGCUGCUGUUCCUGCUGCAGGAGAGCCAGCAGGAGACGACGGUGAAGCAGCUGCAGUCCCCCCUGCCGCUGCCCACCACGCUGCCGCUGCUGUCGGCCUCCAUCGCCGCCACCAAGACCGUCAUCGCCAACCCGGUGCUGCACCUCAGCAACCACAUCCACGACAUCCUGCGCACCGUCACGCUGAUGGAGGUCACGCCGCACCCCGACAUCGUGGACGACCGGGUGAACGCUCUGCACACCCUGGCGGCGUCUCUGUCUGCGUGCCUCUACCAGGCUCUGUGCGACAGCCACAGCUACAGCAGCCAGACGGAGGCCAGCCAGUUCACGGGGAUGGUGUACCAGGGCCUGCUGCUCAGCGAGAGGAAGCGGCUCCGCACCGAGAGCAUCGAGGAACACGUGACCCCCAACUCGGCGCCGGCGCAGUGGCCAGGCGUGUCCUCCCUCAUCUCGCUGCUGACGUCGGCGCGGGAGGCGGACCAGCCCCGGCUCAACGUGCUGCUGUGCGAGGGCGUCAUGGCGGUUUACCUGGCGCUGCUCAUCCACGGCCUCGGCACCCACAGCUGCAACGAGCUCUUCCGCCUGGCGGCGCACCCGCUCAACAGCCGCAUGUGGGCCGCCGUGUUCGGGGGCGGGGCCAAACUCAUCGUCAAGCCAAAGAGGCCCGAGGCCCCACCAGCCCCCCCUCAGCCAGCGGAGGACGGGGACCGGUACCGCCGCCGGUUCAACAUGAGGAUGCUGGUUCCCGGGCGCCCGAUGAAGGAGACGCCGGCCGCCCCCCCCCCUCUGCCCGUGGAGAGGCCGGCCUACAGGGAGAAGUUCAUCCCCCCGGAGCUCAGCAUGUGGGACUACUUCAUGGCCAAGCCCUUCCUCCCGCUGUCGGACAGCAACGCUCUGUGUGACUCUGAUGAAAGUGGCGCAGAGGACGAUGAAGACGAGGAUGACGCCUUCCUCUCGGACACGCAGAUGACGGAGCACUGCGAUCCCGACUCCUACAGCUGGUCUCUGAUCCGCCUGGCGAUGGUGAAGCUGGCGCACCACAACGUGAAGACCUUCCUCCCCAUCACCGGCCUCGACUUCGCCGAGCUGCCGGUCGUGUCGCCGCUCAGCAACGGCGUUCUGAAGACGCUGGACCACUGGGAGCAGCUGCUGCUGGAGAGGAUGGACCGGUUCGACGGGCCGCCGCCCAACUACAUCAACACCUUCCCCACCGAACCGGGCGCGGGGGGGGGGGCGGCCGCGCUGCGGCACCGCGCCAUGCUGGAGGCCGACAACACGCCCUUCAGGACCAAGAACCAUCAUUCCUUUCCCGCCCGGCGUCUUUGGCACUUCCUGGUGAAACAGGAAGUUCUUAAGGAAACUUUGAUCCGUUACAUCUUCACCAAGAAAAGGAAGCAGAGUGAGUCUGUAGAGAACCACAUGGAGCGUAUAAACCCAGGAGCUAGAGGUCCCUCUAAGGUGGAGGCCGAUCUGGGCUACCCCGGAGGAAAGGCUAAGAUCAUCCACAAGGAGUCUGACAUCAUCAUGGCCUUCGCCAUCAACAAGUCUAACUCCAAUGAGCUGGUGUUGGCCUCCACUCAAGACGUCCAGGAGGUGGACGUUUCCUCUCUGGUGGCCGUGCAGCCGUUCACCUGGAUAGGAGACGACUUCGACAAGGAGUCAAGGAGGUGA